GCCGUGAUCAUAAGCGCCGGCUCUACAAGGUGAAACCCAAUGAGACUAGCAUCUCAACAGGACUAGUGAAAACACUCUCUAGAUCUUCGAAGAUGGAGGCGUCGAUGUCAAGUGAACAACGAUAAGAUCGGCGUCAAAGUUGAUCCGUUUUAGAAACCCUAACCGUCAAAACAUUUAGUCAUAUAAAGGUAAUAGAGAUCAUUGAUUGUGUUGAAUGGUUAUUUGGGGCAAUAGAUUUAUCCGGCCAGAUGAUGUUUGUGAUGACUUGAUCAUUGGUGGAUGUAAUUUCAUCUCAUACUACAUUAUUGCAAGCGUGAACUGUGAAGUAACCUGUUUUUUUGUGAAUAUCAAAUGAAACAUAUCGUGAAGAUUUUGACAUUUUUGGUGGCCAUAACUGCCACAUGGAUAAGUUUGUUGCAGGCUGCAAUGAUUCCACGGAGUCAUACUUGGUUGCUGCCUCUGUACUUGGUCGUAUCACUAGGAUGCUAUGGCCUUUUCAUGGUUGGGUUUGGAUUGAUGCAAUUUCCGACUUGUCCUCAAGAGGCAGUCCUGUUACAGCAGGACGUAAUUGAGGUGAAGCAAUUCUUGAAGCGCAAAGGAGUAGAUGUGGGUUCCGAUUGACAUCUAGGGCACUGCCGUUUGUUUUUUUUCUUUCUGAACUUUGAUGGACCGAACCAGUGAUUUACUCGAAGAUCCCAACCGUUGGUCUUUUGUACACAAGUAUGGUUCGAUUAUGUUCGAGUUAUGUUCUUUUUUACUCGUUUGCCGUCUUGCCAAUAGCUAAUAUAUACAAUGUAAUUAGGCUAAUCGAAUGUUGGAUUCUGUGACGUAGAAUUUUAGCCAUAGGGAUUGAAACCAUCUGUAUGUAAAAAUGGAUUAUUCUCGGAUUCGAACUUGAGAACAGAAGAGAGUUUGUUUAACUUAACAAAAGAAGUUUCAUAAUGCCAAUGUUAGACACCUUGUUUGAAA